AGAGGCUUUUGGUUUCCAAUUGUUUGUUUUUUUUUAGACAAUUUAUUCAUUUGAUUAGGUUUUACACUUAGAUAUGUUUAGAUAUUUUAAAAGACUACUUUCUGUCAAGGUUUUGAUAUUUUUGGUUAGAAAUCAGGUUUUGCAUUAUGAUUACAAUAAAAUAUAAAUUUUCUUAGAAAUUGAACACAUGGGAAGGAUUUUUGGUGAAGUUGGUAUGAGGGCAUCUGUGUGCACAGUGAGGCGAAGACUUUUGGACAAAGGCCUGGUGUCAAGAAUGGCAGCAAAGAAGUCACGUCUCUCCAGGACAAAUGUCAUGGACAGACAAAAAUUCUGCAGGAGGUACAAGGAUUGGAUAGCAGAAGAAAGUUAUUUUCUACAAAUUUUUCUUUUAUAUUGUGCUUGAAUGGUCAAAUACACACACAGUUAUGCCAGUCGCUUAGGUGUUAAAUGAAAACCGGAUGUGUUUCAGUAUAUUGGAUUGGUCUUAAAGGGCCAGCAGCCUUGUAUUCCUGCUGCUGAUUGAUACACUGAAGUCUAUGCAGUGUCUUUAUACACUUAAUUCAAAUUUUGUAAUAUUUCUUACUACAAGUUAUUUGAUUAUUUUACAUAUCUAUUUGUUCUGCUGUGCUUGUAAUUUGCUUCAUUUUAAUAACAAAUAAAGUAAUAAUAGCUAUAUCGAGAUAUGUAUUGUUAUAUUAUUAUAAAAUUUAUCAUAUAAUAUUUUGGUCAUAUCACCUCCCUAUAGGCUGAACUUAAACGGGACCAUUCAACUUAUUAAAUCUAUGUAUUUCUUUCUUAAAGCUGCAGUUGGUAACUUUUGACGCUCUAGCGGUUAAUAAACAGAACUGCUUGCGUCUUGCGGAUGAACAUCGUAGCCGGAACUACUUCUCUCUGUUUAUGUCUAUGAAGAAUCACAAAGGUACUGGGUUACUCCGCCGCGGUACCCCCGAAGCAAUUUAAAAUAGUCCGAAUAAACACUUAUUAUAGGUGCACCCUAGUGAUUCAGGACAAGCUAAAAACACGGUUUGGUUUGAUUCAUGGUGUACUCGCUUAUUAUAUACAUUUUUCUACAUUUUGAACACAAACAAAGUUAGGGACCGCAGCUCUGAUUGGUUGUUUCUUAACGGGAGCGAUGCAUUUCUGCAAAUGGCAAUAGGACCACUGGGAGGAGCCAGAGGAGCUUGAUUUUUUCACAGAUUAUCUGUCUCAUAUUCUACUGUCAGGACAUUAUGACAGGUUUAACAAAUAUGUAAAAGAUAUAUUUGUACAAAAGUUACCUACUGCAGCUUUAAUUCUUGCACAUUAUAGUUUUUAGUAACUUUACUUAAUACUUCUCAUGCAAAGUUUUAUUCUUGUUUCAAUAUGUAAUUUAUAUGUAAAUUAGAGAAUUUAUUCCAUUAAAGCUGCUGUUGUUAGCAGUGCAUGGUAGAACACUAGAGGUACGUGUCUCACAUUUGUUAAGCUCAUGCUUUGCUGUCUCUACUCUUUUUGUCUUGGAAAGACUUUGUGCCCCCUCCGCAGGGCCAGCUCUGCGUGCCUCUAUUAUCAGUUUACUGUUUGUUAGCCCCCCUCCUCUUGUCUGCCUAUUUCUGGUGAGGUGGCCACAGAGUGAUAAAAGAGGAAUCUGGCAGACUGGUACUCUGCAAGCUUCCACAAAACACCAGAGAACAGUCUGUUCAAACCCUUGGCGGAAAACACAUGUACUUAAACUGCUCAAACAUCUUUACAGCACAGCCUUCAUUCAAUGUCUUUCAAGGGCUCUAUGAAAUGCCCUGUGCCUCCGUCCAGCCCCACAACCCUGGAGGCCAAGGUUGAUGACUUACGGUUAAAAGUGGAGCAGCUCCUCUUGAGCCCAGAGAGAAGUUGCCCCAUGUGUGGGACCUGCGUUCAGCACAGCACACUGCAGGAGACCGUGACCAGCCAGUUGUCAGCUCAGACCAGAUUGUUGGAUUCUCUUGAAAAGAAAGUCUUAGAGAUGAAAACAGCUCUGGAGGAUCUGGCACACAGUCUAGAGGACAGACGGUGUGAGACAGAGUCUGUGCCUUUAGCGGCUCUACAGAGACGGAAGUCACUGCCUGUUCGAACCUCUGCGGAGGAAGUCUAUGUUCGCUUGGACAGAGAAUGUAUGGUGCCCCAUGCCUUUAAUAUGCCUUUGGAGAAAGGUAUUUUGUUAGAAAUCAAUGAAAACAAUGGAAUGAGAACAGAGGACCAUAAACCUAAAAAAGAUUCAACAGAGGUUAAAGGUCAACAUGAACCUAAAUUGCAGAUCAAGGGAGAAAGAGGAACAUCCACUGUAAGCCCAAGAUUGGAUCGAUCUCAACAUCAAACACAGAAAAUGAAUAAGGCUGAAAAUAAGAACAUGCCACCAAACGAGAAUGAUGUCCUGAAACCCAUCAUUGCUGCCUCAGUGGUAUCCCAGAGGUCUGUUAUUGCUCCACCAAAUAAAGAAGCCCAAGAUGACAGGAAAACAUCACCGCUUAACACCAAAGCACCUGUUCCUGUGACAAAGGCUAGGGUAUUGCCCAACACAAUCGGACCGAAGCAAACUGAAACAGUGAAUGUAACCCUACCAAUUCAUACAAUACCGAAAACAGCUGGACUGGUUGCUCCAGUAAUGCCUCAAUGUACGUCUUCACUGGUACCCAACAGUCCUCCCAAGCUGACUUCACCAGAUUCAACACCAAUCCAAACAUUUCCCAAAACAAGUCUGGGUCUUCCUGUUGCAACUGCGCAGAGUUCUGGAAAGUCAUCAUUAAAUACAACUACAACAAAAAUGACAACAUCACAAGAUGCAACACUGUUACCGCCAAGCCACAAACCACCAAAAACAUUGGGUCUGAAUGUUACUACAGCCACAAAAGAGGCUUUCGCACUUAGACAAGUGCAGAGCGGCCCUAAUUCCUUACAAAGAUUACAGGUCACUGGUGGAAAGGCAGAUUUGGUCCACACGAUAUCAACACCUCUGGCUAAUAAAGGGACCGAAGCAGUUUUAGCCUCAAACCCCAUUUCAGGUGGAAUACAGAUUAAAAUAACUCCAGCUACAGACAAGAAUCCAGUACAAAUGAAGAGCAACAACCCUCCUAAAACAUGUUUUAAAGUUAUUGAUGAUGUUUCGCCUCAGCCUGCACCUUUCGCUCACCGGUUUGUGUCGCUGAAGUCUAACCCUCCACCCAGUGAUACCUUCAGUAUCCACACCAGAGAAGUGCUGGGAGGUGGUCGAUUUGGCAAGGUGCACAAAUGUACAGAGACUAAGACAGGGAUGAGACUUGCUGCUAAAAUCAUCAACACAAGAAAUGCCAGAGAAAGGGAUAUGGCACUAAAUGAGAUCCAAGUCAUGAACCAGCUAAGUCACCCAAACAUCCUCCAACUUUAUGAAACCUUUGAGGUCAAGAAUCAAGUUGUGCUGAUCCUGGAGUAUGUGGAGGGAGGUGAGUUGUUCGAGAGAAUUGUGGAUGAGAGCUGUCCGCUGACUGAGGUGGAUGCCAUGGUUUUUGUGAAACAGAUCUGUGAGGGUGUCCAGUACAUGCACCAGAUGUAUGUACUUCACCUGGACCUCAAGCCGGAGAACAUUCUACUUGUGAAUCGCUCUAGCCAUCAGGUGAAAAUUAUUGACUUUGGACUAGCGAGGAGAUAUAAACCACGAGAGAAGCUCAAAGUUUCAUUUGGAACGCCUGAAUUCUUAGCUCCGGAGGUGGUGAACUUCGAUUUUGUCUCCUUCCCUACAGAUAUGUGGACUUUGGGAGUUGUCACAUACAUGCUCUUAAGUGGCCUCUCUCCUUUUCUGGGCGAUGAUGACAGCCAGACCCUCAACAAUGUGCUUAUGGGCAACUGGUACUUUGAUGAGGAUGCAUUUGAGCAUGUGUCUGCUGAGGCUAGGGACUUCGUCUCCAACUUGCUGAUCAGAGAAAGAAGUGGUCGUCUGAGUGCUACACAGUGUCUCAAACACCCGUGGCUUAACAACAUCACUGAGAAAGCCAAGAGCACCAACAUUGUGCUCAAGUCUCAAGUUCUUCUCAAGAAGUAUAUGGCCAGACGAAUGUGGAAGAAAAACUACAUAGCUGUUGCUGCAGCCAAUAGGUUUAAGAAGAUCGGAAGUUCAGGUUCCCUAACUGCGCUUGCGUCAGAGACGUCAUACUGACUGUGCUCACUAUGUGUGCUUUUAUAAUAUGCAGAUCAUGUUUUUGUAUUGCUGUGCUGUAUUUGCCACCCACCUUUCAUAAUUAAAUACUCACUGGCUGCCAAUAUAAUUAUUCACAUGCAUCUGUAACAUGCAAUAAAACAGAUGUACAAAGGGA